ACACGAUCGGGAUAAACUACAGCGUACCUAUCAGUUCUCUCCAGACGAUUUGUUUAGCCUUAAUAUUUGUAUCAAUUCAUUUAUACGUAUCUGAGAAAUCCGAUCUUGCGGGAACGCCGCCGUGGCACGCGUCCCAGAGAGCGACUUCCAUAUUUAGCGCAGGCACACGUCCACGUGACUAGCUCUGUAGUGGAGCUAUCUUCAACGUUGUGGAGAUGAGGACUGGAUACCGUGAGCAUCUGUGAGGCAAGGAAAGUUUCAGAUCGGAGAACCAGAACCUGAACAAGCUUCCUCGCCAUGACAAAACUGAUCUCAUGAGAUUGAACCACAGUUCCGGACCAACAGCUUCUUUCAAAUGACCAUGACCUUGCCAGAUUACAUCAACAUCACUAUUGGAUUCAUCUGUGUCAAUUUGCUCAUUGGUGCUCAAGCUGUUACAGUGUACAUGAAUGAAUAUGCUCACUGUAUCACGAAGGACUUCAACUUGGAUGGGGAAAAGUACACUGUGAAUGCCAAAGGAGGAAAUUUUCGUCAUGAAACUCUGAUUUGUGAUUUGACAUUCCGAGCCCGUUCAGGACAUGGCAUCUGUAUUACAUUUGACCAGUUUCAUAUCAAUGACUGUACAGUGAAAUUGAAAAUAUUUGACAAGAACACAUCAUCAGGAAGGUCCUGGCGGACAUUAUCAUGUGGAGAUGACAGUCCAAAGCAGAUGUGCACUGGAGCUAGAUAUGUCACUGUCGACUUGACGAAGGAGAAACUCAAUAAGAAUAAAAAUUACAAUUUCCAAAUUCAUAUACAAGAGAGCAGCAGCAAUGGUGAUGGACACCUGCCUGUAGAGGACAGCAUAGGUGAUUCCUCAUUCACUGGAGAGGAUGUAUUUUUUGCAUCUAUUGGUAUAUUUGUGGCAAUCAUUGUCGGAGUCAUUGUGCUCAUCAUCAUCAUUGCGGUGGCCAUCAUCUGCUGCUGUUGUAAACGUAAGAAGCGGAAGAGAGGACCCCAGUACCAGGCAACAUCCACCUCUCCUCCACCACAGGUCCAGCCAUCAGCUCCCCCAGCACCACCAGUGCAGACAGAUUACUUCGCCAACCAGGGCAUGUAUCCCCCCAUCCCCCCUCAGUACCAUCCAUCGGAGGCCCCUCCCCCCUACAGCACUCAUGCCCCGGGGUAUGGCCAGCCUGGAUACACACCUCAAGCCAUGUACCCAGUAGACCUGGAUACCAAGCAGCCCAUGGUUUGAGGAAAUAUUUCAAGGCCGAAGAAACUCAGCUGUGCACUGUGAGGAUGUCUUGAAUAUCUGUUCAUAUAUGUGCAAUAUCCAUGACACCUAUAGCAGGACUACAUGUUUCACAUAUCUCUCAGCAGUAUUGUUUGGAUGUCAUCUUUUCUGAAGAAGAAAAUAUAUCCUAGUGAUUUCAGAGGAAGAGAACAAGAAAGAACUGAUGAUGCCACUGAUAAUGGUACAUCAGUAGACCGUCAGGGUCUUAACACUGACAAGUCUAACAACUGACAAACAGUGCUUAGCAAUCCUUUCAGAUCUAGGGUAAUUCUUACAGAUGCAGUAUGACAUAAUUAUUGAAAAUUAUAAAUUAUGUAGAUAAAUCCCAUACAUGUAGACUGGACAAAGUGGUUAAUAGACACCUCUCCCAAUCCAGACCAGUUAGCUGAAGACAGUUUAGAAUCUGUGCUGUGCCAUACUUGGCCAUCGUUAAACAGCAGUAAACUCUGACAGGAACAUGUCAGAAGAAGACAUCCCUUCGAGAUUCUACAGUUGUUUUGGAAAACUAUUUGAUGGCAUUAGUUUACAGUUCACAAAGACACAGAGGACAUCAACAGCAUGGAUGCCUGUAUAUCCAAGAUCCAUUUAUCAAGUGUGAGUAACUGUGUGGGAGGAAAUGUCGGCAUCACUUUGUAAGUGGGUAUCCCAUUAGUGAGAAAGUAAACUUGGAGCAACUGUGAUGCCUUUACAACAUACAGAACAUUCAAUGCUAAAAAUACACACACUGCAAAAGCUUUUUUCGGGAAUGAGGCACAUGGGCCUUUAAAUAUAUUUGAUCUUUUGUUCCUUUUGUGGUUAUCUGCCAUUAGCCACAGUCUAUUAUAUUACUUGAUACAAUGGCAUCUAGA